AGGUCCAUUUCUUUGGAUGUUGGACAACCAAUCACAAAAUCAAGAAUCCUCUGAUCGUUGGACAUUUCAAGCAGCUCGAUCCGCACAUCUUACGACUCAAUCUCCCUUUGUUCCACUUCCUACUUUAUCUUGCUCUUCUCCUCAUCCUACAAAUGGCAUUAAUCAAACUUCCGGUGAUCUUUACAACUUCAUUUCGUUAAUUAACACAUGUCUCCGCCACCGCCGUCCUCACUAAGCAAACCCAAUCCAAAUUCACUCUCCGAUUUCAUCUUUUCUGCUUUCUCCCUCUUCGUAUUCUACUCAUCUUCUUCCCCCAAACCCACCACCAAUUUGAACACACACCGUCGUUUCUUCAAAUUCCCAAUCAUGCCUUUGACCACCACCAAGACACCCGCCAUCAACCACAACCACCACCACUUUGCCUCCCCACAAUCCCUCUCCGAGUGGCUCCGCCCUCGUCUCCCCUCCGAUUCUUUCGCCGCGUGGGGUACCAGACCCGGCACAAAGAACGUUCAUAAUCUCUGGCUUGAGCUAUCCGAGGGCGAAACCUCUCUCGCUGACUCUACUCCGCCUGUCCGUACAGUCGAAGUUGUGGUGGUUCGCGUUAGGGAUCAUCAAAACCGAAUUUUGAUUGAAUCCCAUCAACAGCUGUCAAACGGCGACGUUCGUAACAGGUCCAGGCCACUGUCCGAAAAAAUGAAGCCUGGUGAAACGGUGGAAGCGGCUGUUGUUAGAGCUGUGAAGGAAGAACUUGGCUCCAUCAUUAGGGUUUCUUGUAGCGAUGUUAACGACGAUGACAUUGUGAAAAUUAUACCCAAUUCAUAUUCGAGUAAAGUGGAGGAAAGGUUAUCUGUCUCCUACCCCGGAUUACCAGCUUGUUAUGUUUUACAUACAGUAGAUGCUUUUGUUGAUGGUUUACCAGAUUGCGAAUUCUGUACUGAAGAGGAGGAAGAAUAUCAUAAUCUGGAUGAAAAACAAGAGGCUGAAAGAGCUAUUUCUUGUAAGAAGCAUUACUGGAAAUGGGUUGAUUCUUAUACUCUUUCAUCUUGAAUUUUGCAUGCAGCAUUUUUGCCUAUAUGAUCUUGAGGUGUACUUGUAAUAGAUAGAAGCUUCUUUUUGCUUCAAAAAGGGUUAAAUCUUAUCUUUCUUGGACCUAAAUAUACAAUGAGUAUGAACUCUUUAUGUUUUUUAUAUCAAUGUGUGAUGACAGAAUAGUUUUUGAUUUAUGGUUAAAACUUAAAAGUUUGUAAAUUUUGGUGUUCCCAACUAUGUAUUGUAUCCUUUGAUCAUUGGUUUUUGAUAAUUUGAAUGAUUUCAGUGAGUGGAAUGAAA